GGACUACUCUUCAGUCUGGAGGGAAGCUCAAGUGCUGAAGUACAAAGUAAACUCGGUAGGCUGUUUCGUAUGAGAGAUUUUGGUGAGUACCGUUGUUCUUGCUUGUUAUAUUGUGUAUUAUUCGUAAUGAGUGUGCUAAGACUCGUAUUUAUUUGUCAAUGUCUACAUAGGAUUACUGAAUGUGUCACUUAUGUUACUCAAUGCACCCUUUCCGCGAACUUCCAUCUGUAACACAAAACGGCUAUUCAAAUCACAUUAUUCAGAGUUCGCUUACUGAGUCACCUAUCAAUCCCCAUUUUGGAAAGUAUAGCUAUAGAUCUGGUAUGACAGUAACAACGGAUGGUUACGCUCCUCAGGCCACAUAUCACUAUCAUGGACAUAAUACCCACCACAAUCAUAUCCAUCAUGGAGUACAGCAUCAUGUUCAUUCUGAUCCUGGUAAUCUUUUCCCACUCAACGUAGUACAAGAAAGUGCUCAAGGCCGUGUAUGGGAUGUCUGGACCCAUAAUUUCCAUGAAGGCAUGCGCCUUGUUCGUAGACUUGUUCGAGAUUGUCGAUAUGUUGCUGUAGAUACUGAAUUUCCUGGUGUUGUUGCAAAAGUGUUUGGUGAAUAUGCAAACAGUUUUGAACAAGCAUAUCACAAUAUAAAAGUUAACAUUGAUAUGUUGAAACCUAUACAAAUAGGAUUUAGCUUUUUCGAUGAAAGUGGGCAAACUUUAGAUUCUGUUUCAACUGUUCAAUUUAAUAUCAAAUGGAAUGUUGACAAUGAAAUGCAUGCAGCCGAUUCUAUUCAAUUACUAGAAGUUUCUGGUAUAGAUUUUGAAAAAUUAAAAAGAACAGGAAUUGAGUUAAGUGAUUUUGCAGAAGCAUUUCUUACCAGUGGUCUUCCACUGAAUGAUAAAAUAACAUGGAUUGGAUUUCAUAGUGCAUAUGAUUUCGCUUAUAUGAUGAAGAUAUGUACAGAUUGGAUGAGAAUGCCGGAUAAUGUUUUAGAAUUCCAAAAGUUGUUGCUUAUUUUCUUCCCUCGAAUAGUCGAUUUAAAAUCAAUGAUGAGUGAACAUAAAUUCCCUAAAAGUGGAUUACAAGAACUAGCAGAUUUAAUGCGUGUACCACGUAUCGGUUUACAACAUCAAGCUGGAAGUGAUGCAAUGUUAACUGGAGAAACAUUUUUCAGAUUUUUAGAGGUAUUCUUAUUCCUAGUGUUUUACAUAUAUAUAUAAUAACUUAAUUUAGGAGCAUGGUGGUGGAAAAAUUGAUCAAAAAGUAUUAAAUCUUGUCUAUGGAUUAAAUUAUUGUCCAAAUGGUGUCUCUAAUACUUGGAUGCAAAUGAAUGGUUCAAGUCCUCAACCUGAAAAUGAUUCAACUAAUCAUAAUAUCACAUAUUCAUCAAUUUAUCGUAAUAAUGUUCACAGUGCUGAUCAUUCGGGUCGUACUUCGCCUGCCGAUUCUACAAGUGGUCAUAAGAGUAGUUAAAAAGUGUAUAAGCAUCAUCAUACUUCUCCUUUCUUUUUAUAACUUGAAAAAUAGGAUGAAUAGUGAUGUUGUAAAUUUCAAUCCUUUGACUUAUUACUUAUUGGUUAGCAUUUGUUUUCUGCAUUUUGUAAUCUAGAUCUCUGUCAUUGAUUGAAAUGUUUAAGCAUCAUUAUUCAACCUAUUUUAAAAGUUAUAAUCAGUUGAGUAUGUUGAUAUUUUCAAUUCACAUUAUAAUAACCUUUUUUCUUCUUUCUCUCUUCCUAAUGUGAUAUAUACUUUAAACUAUGUUGAAUAUUACAACCGGUGUUGUGUACCUGGUUCAUUUGUCAACAGUCGAAUAUCAAUCUCAUUUCUGUUGUAUAACUAACGCUUUGUGCAGCUAUAUUUUUCAAUGUGGAUAUUAGCGUAAUCUGUUCAUAAAUGAUAGUUUUAUUUCAUGUGUACUUAUCCAUGUAUAUAUAUACAACAUAAAUGUUAUAAUUACUAAAAAAAAGAAAUACAUUUUACUAAUUUUUCUUUUUGUCAGGAAAAAAA